GCUUUAAUACCUAUUAGCCUAGCUUAAUCAUAUAACUAUUAGAUCUAAUCGGUUCCCUAGCUCCUUGUGGAUUCGAUCCCUAAAUACUAUAACUCGACCUCUUUUGAUGAGAGUAACACUCUUUAGGGUAAUUUGAGUGAUAUCAAAUUUGGCGUCAUUGCCAGGGAGCUUUGAUCGCCAUUAGAUCUUGUUUAGUUAGAUUUAGUCUAGGUUUUGAUACUGUUCGAAAAACUCAUAAAUUUUUCUUCUUCUAUUUCAGGUACAUAACUCUUAGUACCCGAAAACAAUGAAGAGAGGAUUUCUAGGUCCUUCAAGGAAGGAGCCUGCUGGUUUAUGCACGAUCCGUAAGUCUACGAGGGAUGUAUCGAUCGACACCCUCAAAGCAGCAUCGAUCGAUAGCGUGAGCCAAGCGUCGAACGAUACUAUUCAUCAUGUGUCGGAAAACACUAUUCAUCGUGGUACUAUUCAUCCGGGUACUGUUCAUCAUGUUGAUGUUCAUCCGGGUACUGUUCAUCGCAAUACUAUUCAUCGACACUGUUCAUAUUCUGUCGCUCGACACUGUUCACCCGAACAUUGUUCAUCGCGACACUUUUCACCCGAAGACUGUUCAUCCGAACACUGUUCACCCGAACACUGUUCAUCACGAUACUGUUCAUCCGAACACUGUUCAUCGUGACACUGUUCAUCGAAACACUAUUCAUCGCGGAACUGUUCCUCCAAUGACGAACACCACUUACGGAGAGACAAAGAAGGUCGAAGCGCUCAUACUUAAGAUCAACAAGAAAGGUAUUUGGCGAGACGAAGAAGGUCGCCCUUGCAGCCCCACAGGACAAUUGAUUAAUGCAGAGGGUAGUGUAGUCCCUGAUGUAAUUGCUGUAGCUGAGACGAAUACCUUUAAUUUGACAAGUCAAUGGUAUGAUUGGGGAAGUGAGGAUCCAUUCUACGGUCUUCCUCAUGAGGAUCCCAAAGAUCUUAUCAAGAGAUUUGAGGAGUUAGCCUCAACAAACAAGCACGAUGAAAUAUCUGCAGACCACAUUAUCUGCAAGAUCUUCUCUUAUUGUUUAUCUAGAGAUGCUUUUAGCUGGUUCAGUAAGCUGGAACCAAGAUCUCUAACCUGCUGGGAAGACGUCAAAGAAACCUUCAUAGACAAAUUUUUCAGCGAGGCUGUAGCAACUCGAAGUAAAAGGUUUGAUUACAUGAUUAAAGAACGGGAGAAAGGAAUAAUGAUUAGUAUGAGUCAGAUUCUUGACUUCAUCUACAGCGAGGAGAAUGGAGAUAUUGGAACACCGACAACUCGUGUCAAGCAGCCAGACAUUCAGGUUCACCAUGCAGAUGAGAGUAAGCAGAAGGACGAACUAAACAGAGAAAAGCUGGUCAACCAUGGUACAGUUGAGGAUGAUGAAUAUCAUGUAUCAGGAGAGCAGAGCAAAGUAGAAGAAGCUGAUACAAAAGAUCCGACUUCAGCAUCGAUCGACAGUAGUAACUCAGAAUCGAUCGAUAUCAGCACUUCAGAAACGAUCGAUACAAAUAUUUGUCAUCGAUCGAUACCUUCUACAAUCCCUGAUGCUACCACUGUGUAUGUUAGGACUGGACGACCGAAGGCAAUUAGAGACUUUAACAGUCCUGAGGAUGCCUAUGCUAAAAGGUCUGCAUUGCGUCGUUCAGCACUUCAGAAUACUGUCCUUGAGCUGCACCCUGCAUAUAUCUCUCUUGUGGGUCAGUAUUCUUUCCAUGGUUUUCCUCAUGAAGAUCCCACUAGCCACCUGGAGACAUUUGUAGAUCUGGCAUCGACCAUCAAAUGCAAUGGAGUCUCUGAAGACCACUAUUUAUGCAAAUUAUUCUCAUACUCUCUUGCUGGAGAAGCAGCAUAUUGGUUCACGAAGUUGCCACUAGGAUCUCUCACUACCUGGAAUGACAUCAGAUACGCCUUCCUCAACAAAUUUUUCUAUGAUGCAGCAGCAAGUCUAGAGAUUGAGAUGAGAUCUAUGAUGGAAUAUUUGGUGGAAGAUGAUGAACAACGUGUGCCUGGAGAGCUGAGCAGAAUAUAAGAAGUCAAUAUUAGUGACAUGAGCUCAGAACCGAUCGACACUCCGACCUCAACAUCGAUCGACACUCCGACCUCAACAUCGAUCGACAUCCCAACCAUAACAUCGAUCGACCCCAGACUUCAAACAUCGAUCGACACAAACUCAUGUUGUCGAUAGAUACCACUCGAAAUCUCUGAAAAAUCGAGUUGUCCUCAGGACAUUGCAGACUUGACACUGAAGAGCAUCGAUGUAUCAAGUUCUUAUCCUGACCAAAAAGUAGAAAAGAAAUCACCAUGGAAGAUUUCAUGGAACUAGAAGAAUUCUUGGAGUUAGAGGAUGGACAACAGCUUGGAGAUUUGGAUUCGAGUGAAGAAGUAACUAUGGAAGACUUCUUGGAGCUGGAGGAAUGGCUUGGGGAUUUAGACCAGAACCCGAAGCAGAAGUUUGAUGAUCAGCACACUUCGGGAAAAGGUCUGGAAAAUUCCUUAAAGGCUGACGACAUCGACCGACAUAAACCUGAUGAGAUCGAUCGACACCCACCAUACGACAUCGAUCUACAGUCGCAGUCUAACAUCGAUCAACAUACACCCGAUUGUAUCGAUCGACGCCCGCCCAAUUGUAUCGAUCGACACUCAUGUUUGGAUGAACUAUCUGGAUACCCAAUUGAACCAGGAACGACUGAGGAGAUAAUGCACAUGUCUAAGACAUCACACAUUGAUGUCCCCGAACAUCUAAGACCACCUAUAUGCGCAGAAGAAGCUGUUGGGAUUUGCAAAAGAGUGAAGAGGAUACAUGAACCUGUGAAGAUUAUGGUUCCAUGUGCAGUGUUGAAGUUGAAUCUCCUAUCCCACCAGAUAAAGGUGUGUAUCUGAGUUCUUACAUUGAGGUAUUGAAUGAUCAACAUCAUGUAGAAGCUUAUUAGAGAGGGCUGCGAUUUAGAGAUGAAGUAGAUGAAGGCCCAGCAGGAGCACCAUCGAGCGACAUCAGCAAAUCGGAAUUGAUUGACACUAACACUUCAUCAUCGAUCGAUACCGAUCAGCUACCAUCGAUCGACACCAAACGCGAAUCAGAGCAGAAUGAGUAUAAAUUGUGUGGAAAUAUUUUUUAUGGAGAUACCACCACGCAUUCAGACAAGUCUGGGGGAAAGAAGUGGAGGAACUGGAAGAAAAAAAAGAGAAUCAAUGAAGGUUCUCAGAUAUCAUUGAUUCCUCACUUCUCAGAUGAUGCCAGGAAGUCCCGAGUGAGAUUACACAAGUCUGUGGAAAAGAAGGGGAGAAAUUGGAAGAAGCGGAAACGAACCAAAGGAGGUUCUCAAUUACCAUUGACUCCUUACUUCUCAGAUAGUGUCAGAAAACCCAGAGUGCGCAGCAGAUGCUUCUCACAGCCUUUUGCAAAGCUCAAAGCACUCCUUAUUGCUGAAAUGAUAGACAAAGGAGAAGGGUAUAUGGAGGAGGCUUUCACACAAGAAUGAAGAAGCUUCAAAAAGUAGACAUUGAGACUUGGUUUGGAGCAAGUUCUCAUUCUCAUCCGGACUGAAUCAGAUCUCCAGAAGUCAAGCUAAUGACUAAAUAUAAGCGCUGAGUGGGAGGCAACCCACUGUUAGUGUUUUAUUUAUGUUAGGUACAAGGAAAAGAUCCGAGGAAGACGAGUUUCCAUAGAAAUCGACGAUGGCUAGCUAACAUCGAUCAACAGAGUAUCAAGGGUAUCGAUCGCCACUUAAUUGUGUUGGUCAAUAUUCACAUCAAAGUUAGGUAUAUUGUUCUUCCUUGUUAAAUAUUGUCCUUAUGAUUUAUUCUCCCACCGAUCUUAGGCUGAAUAACAUUGGUCACAAUGUUAUUUAAGUCUGGGGGAGGUUAUAUUAAUAUUAGGUUUUAGUUAGAUGUUUAGAAUAGGGACCCAAGUAAACGAUUGCCAUGAUAUCGACCGACGAGAACAAGUCGAUAUCGAUCGACAUUGCUACAUCUUCCACGACCGAUGACAGUACGUUAACAUCGAUCGACAUCCAUUCCGGUCAGGUAUAUCAUUCUAACUUGUUAAAUUGAGUACUUAUUAUUUAUUUACACCAUAACUCCGACUGGAUAUACACUGGUCACAGCGUUAUCUAAGUAUGGGGGAGGUUCUACUAAUAUUGUGCUUUAGUUAGUUAAAAAAAA